AUGACAUGGGAUCUGCGGAAUACGGCUGGUGGUCUUCAGUUAUCUAGUGACGUUUUCGCCGGCAAGCACGAUCUGUUGGCUCUGCUUGAGGUUGGCAAUGUUAUUGCAGUGCGAGUCUGUGCCCGCUUUACUGGCUGGGAGCUGUAUGGAAGGGCCGCUUGCCUUGUACUGGAUAUGGGGCGCCCCACCUCUGUUGAGCAGCCUCCUAGUUACGCACAGGUGAUGGAGGAUACCAUCGCACUGCAGCAGAUCUUGAACUGCGUCAACUCUAGUAAUAAUGCAUACGCACCUACAAUCACAGCAGCCUGGGAUCGAGCCGAUACAUUCUCCGGCAAGGAAAAGCGACCCCUCCGUGUUCUUUCUCUUGAUGGGGGAGGUGUGAGAGGGUAUUCCUCGCUGAUGUUACUGAAAGAAGUCAUGGACAAGGGUGCUCCAAAUAAGAAGCCUUGUGAGAUAUUUGAUCUUAUUGGAGGAACAAGCACUGGCGGGUUAAUUGCUAUCAUGCUCGGUCGUCUCAAGAUGACCGUUCAGGAAUGCCUGGACGAGUAUAGCGCGUUGAUGAAUGAGGUGUUUGGAUCUGGCUGGGUCCACGACCAUGUGACGAAGCCAGCCCGAUAUACUGCGACAGGAGCAUUCUACUCUGCCAAGACAUUGGAGAAGGUGAUCAAAGCUCUGCUUCGGAAGAGGCUUCCAGCCGGGGAAGAUGCAGAUAACGCAUUAUUGCUGGACGACAAGGAGAAUUCCUGCAAAAUCUUCUUAAUGGCGGUGCGUGAGGAAGCCGGUAAUAACCGAGGGCCUGUCUUCCUUCGCUCAUAUACGAACGACCUUGAGGUACCAGACGCAGACCUUGCGAAUAUCAAGUUGUGGCAGGCUGCUCGUGCUACAUCCGCCGCCCCUGCGUACUUUAAGCCUCUUGAGGUGGGCCGCGUAAAACUGGUUGAUGGCGGCUUGUUAGCUAAUAAUCCCCUUGGAUGGUUAUGGACCGAAGUCCUCGGUGUAUAUGGCCCAACUCGCGAGACGGACUGCUUCCUGAGCAUUGGUACAGGAAUGGCAUCCAAUGUGGCCGUCGCUCAACCAGGAUUCAACUUCAAAGCCGCAAUGAUGAGUUUUGUCUCGGUUGCAACUAACACCGAAAGCACCCAUCUUCUUUUCCGCUAUCUUGUUGACGCAUUUGCCCCGUGCCCCCAGAUCAAGAAAUAUUGGAGAUUGAAUGUGGCCAAGGAGAAAGAGGGAUCUGAUCCAAAGGACUAUGAAAGUCCCGGCGAAUUGGACGAUGUGGCCGGAAUUAAGAAGUUGAAAGCUUGGACGAACGAAUGGAUAGCCGCCCAGCAGGAUAUCAUCAAGCCCUGUAGUGAGGCUAUUGGAAGGAAUUUGUUGAAGAGUACAUGA